UAUGACAUAAAAGCGAAUGCUGUGACGUAGAAGAUAGUUUAAAAAGAGGAAGAGAAAAAAAGUGAACAAUCGCGAUCCGCCGAUGCCAACGUAUUUAUAGCAAGGACGGAAGUCGGGGAGCAGAGUAACGAUGGCGCCCGCUAAAGAACCGAAGGGACCUACUCUUGUCGAAGUAGAAUUUGAGGUGGAGGGAGACGUUCACGGAGUGAGUUUUACGAAAUACGCGAAGGAUAUGUGCCGUAAUCUAGGUUUAACCGGUUGGAUCCGUUUAUCCAGAUGGGGAACGAUCGUCGGACAGUUACAGGGAGAGACGUAUAAUGUUAAUCAAAUGACAACUUGGCUACAGAAACACGGGAGCCCCGGCUCGAGAAUUAAGAAGUGCGACUUGAGGAACUGGCAAGUGAUCGAUAGUUGCACUUAUAGAAACUUCAGCGUUCGAUUCUAACAAUCGAUUUAAAAAUGUCUUUUAAUUGUGUGUAAUUAUAUGGAAAAGUUGUUAACCAUGGUUUACGAAACGUGUAAAAGUAUAAGAGAAUUGUAUAGCGUUCAAUAAAUUCUAUAUUUGUGAAUA